AUGGUCGCCUUCGACAAGUGUGAAACCCGACCGGCCCAUAUCGACGCCAUUCUCAAUGGCCUCGAUCGGUACAACCCCGAGACCACCACCGUCUUCCAGGACUACGUGGCCCAGCAGUGCGAGGACCGGUCAUUCGACUGCUACGCCAACCUGGCGCUGCUGAAGCUCUACCAGUUCAACCCCCACCUCCUCCAGCCCGACACCGUCACCAACGUCCUGGUCAAGGCCCUGACCGUGUUCCCCUCCCCCGCCUUCUCGCUCUGCCUCGCCCUGCUCCCCGCCCACACUCAGCCAUUCCCUGCUACCAAUGAGGCCCAGGCCGCCUCGCAGAACUCGGACUUCGUCGAGUCCGUGCAGAAGCUCUCCCGCCUCUCUACCCUCCUCGAGUCCGCCCAGUACACCCAGUUCUGGUCAACCCUCAACUCGGAUGACCUGUACGCCGAUCUGACCGCCGACAUUGCCGGGUUCGAGGAGCUCGUGCGCAUCCGCAUCGCCGUGGAAGUCGGCAAGGCUUUCCGCACCAUCACCGCCGAGUCCCUCGAGCAGUGGCUCGACCUGCGCAGCCGCGACGCCCUGGCCAAGUUCGUCGCUGACGUCUGCGGCUGGAAGAUUGAGGGCGACGUCGUCCGCGUCCCCACUAACAAGGAGAACGAGGCCCGCAGCGAGGUGAAGAGCGAACACGUCGGCGUCGAGAUGUUCGGUCGUGUCAUCCGCCGCGGCUUCGAGCAGCCCGCAUGA